UUCACUAAAAUUCCUUAUAGCAGUGCAAUAUAUUCUGUUCACUGUGAACACAUGUAAACCUAAAUAACAUAAGAUUGUUUGCAGGUUACUUGGACGAUAAUCAAAUCUAAAAAUAAGUAAAAUGACAUAAUGCAUGGGUACAAUGAAUUGUUUAACACGAAAUUCCACGUAUAAGCCUAAAUCACAUAUAUAAUGAAUUAUGCAAUGCGACGGUAACGCUCUAGAAAUAAAAUUAGGGCCACACGAAUAAGCAUAGCCUAAAACUAACUAACAAUAUAUAAACCCCUAUAUCCCAUCUAUUCCCCCAGCAGCCAACAUGCGAGCGGGGCUUUGACACUGGCCAUUGCGAGGUAUGGGCCCUACUGCUAUUGAACUAGCCGUGACCGCUGCUAGUUUUCCAUUCCCAGUCCCCAUUUCUAAUAUUUCAACGUAUACAAUUUUAAAUUAACAAUUUAUUGCAAUGGAAAGAAUGCUUUGUAACGGUAAACUUAUUCGUUUCUUCCAAAUAUACAAAAAAUAAUUCAUACUUUUUAUUACUGGGGUGGGAGUGAGGGUGAUUACGGGAAGAGCAGCGCAAGGCGAAAGAAGACGCAGGCUGUGGUACGGUUCAGUGCUUGUAUUCAUACCCAAUAUUACGGUGAAGUUUUGUAGAUGUAACCCUAUGGAUUACGCCUCGAUGUAUGCAAAUUUAUGGAGACUCAAGCUUUAUUCACCAGCCUUCUGCUUACGAUAGCUAUCCUUGGUGCUUUGACAUCAGGUGUAGCAGUAGGCUUUGAGUCAUCUCUGGCAUUCGUUGAGGAGCCUCAUGAUGUAGUGACAGACAGAGGGCAAUCUCUGGUGUUGAACUGUAGUGCACACGCUCGCAAUGGUGAGCCUGUAAAUAUAACAUGGCGUCACAACGGGGAAAGGCUGAUCCCCGACCAACGCCGAGUGUCAUUACUCAGGAACGGUUCGCUUUACUUCAGUCGUGUCAUUUCACGCCGGAAGGGUCGAGAUACUGAUGCGGGUUACUAUGAAUGCUUAGCGCGCAGCAAGAUAGGGGCUAUAGUCAGCAGAAGAAUCAAACUCACAGUGGCAGGCAUGGCACGCUUCUCCAAGCAGCCAGAGUCGCAGUCAGUAGAGGAGGGAGGUGUGGUCAGGUUUGAGUGCCAAAUCAAAGCUGUUCCUAAACCAGUCAUAACCUGGGAGAAGAACGACGUCCUGCUACCUCAGAAUAUUGGAAGGGGGGGAUGCUGGCAGGUAUCGAUGCGUGGCUUCCAACUCCGCCAACCAGCGGCAGAGCUCGGAAGCUGAGCUGAGCAUUUUGCCAGGAAGCAGAGAGCCACAGCUUCCGAAAAUUAUUGCGGCAUCUCGUAAUGUAACGCGGGUGGUUGGCGAGACUGCCGAACUGGAGUGUUUGGCAACAGGCAACCCAGCACCAGAUAUCACGUGGACCAGAGAAGGAACAGAAGAUGGCCUGCCGACGAGACACGCUUACUUUGUACGAGGAAACCUGCGCAUAGACAGGGUCAACCCCCGUGACGUGGGUAUCUAUGUAUGUACCGCCUCCAGCGGCGACAAGUCCGACACCGCCAAGACCGAACUCAUCGUACACGUUAAGCCCAAGAUCACGAAGGUGCCUAGCAACCAGGAGUACCAGACGGGCAAGAACGUUCGCUUCAUCUGCGAAGCAUCCGGCGUUCCCGCGCCGACGAUCACUUGGCUUCGGGACGGACGCCCCGUCAAGAACAACGGCCGCAUGCGCAUCACCGCCCAGCGCCAGCUCGUCGUCUCCCAGUCGAUCGCCAACGACAGCGCCAUCUACCAGUGCGUCGCGUCGAACGUCGUCGGCACGGCGACGGCGGCUGGCGAGGCGCGCAUCAACAUCUCGGAAGACGAGCCGGAUCCGCCGGAGGGACUCGUCGCGUACGCGCUCUCGAGCACCGGCAUCAACGUCACGUGGGAUCCGUCGCCGCCGCGCAACGGCAAAGACAUCAUCGCUUACUCGCUGCACUACACGCCGACCGCCGGUGGCUUCGAAGGCCAAAAAGUUGGAUACUUAACAACGUUGGUAGCAGACGAGUUGGAACCUUACACCAACUACACAUUUUAUGUGGUCGCCUACAACAGGCCAAGUGCGAGUCGGCACAGCAAGCUUAUCACAGUGAUGACAGAUGAAGAUGUUCCCAAGGCUGCUCCCAGCGUCUCCCUCACGUCGGUCAACCCGACAACGUUGGACAUUGCCUGGGACCAGCUAUCAGCGGAGAUGGCUCGCGGGGAUCUCACACAGUACAAGCUGGAGUACCGCGAGCACGACGAAGCGUCCGUCUAUCCACUCAUCAUCCACGGCGGUGACAAGCUCUCCUAUAGACUCACAGAUCUGACACCGAAGGUGAAGUAUGACGUACGUAUCUUAGCCGGUACCAGUAAAGGCUUCCCUACAGAUCUAAAGGAGAAGGAUCGGCCAUGGGUGACACAAGAGAUGCCAGACUGGAGUGCCAGCAAGAUCCCCCCACCAUCAUUGCAUCUGAGUCAAGUGAAUGGCACGACACUUCACGUAGUAUGGGAAGAGACAUUGCCUUCCCUCAACAUCAGUGGUUACAAGCUAAGCUACACAGCUGCGGGUAGGGUUGUGGGACCACUGCUGAUCCCAUCUGACGUUAACCAGUGGACACUCAAUAACCUGGAGGCUGAGCAGUUCUAUGAGGUUCGACUGCUGGCUUACAGGAACAGUGUCGAUGGCUUGGAACAAGUGAAAGGCAUCCAGCUGGAACCCACUGCUGAUCCCGUUCCCUUGAUUGAUCCGACGAAGAUCAAGGCCGUGGAGCCGCCCGCUCGCGUCACCUGUGAGAAGGAGUUCAUUACAGCGCACAGUAUUAAGUUGUCGUGGAAACGGCCUCUCUCGGCGAGAAACAUAACGCUGUACACGAUUCGAUACAACCCGGUCGGCACGAAGAAUGCAUCGCUUACUCAGUACAUCCGCAGUAAAAACCUGUCUGAAGUUGUCGCUGGUCUAGCACCGAACACCAGAUACGAGUUUGCUGUAAAGUCGCACGAUGACAGAGACUUGGUAGGGCCCUACAGCAACCACUCUGAGUGUUGGACGCUGGAAGCAAUUCCGGGGAAACCUCUCGAUCCGGCGUGCAUCCUGAAGACUCCUGACACCAUCAGCAUCACGUGGAUGCCACCGAUGGAGCCGAACGGGGACAUCAUUGCUUACUGCAUCUGGUACACAAACCAGGGAGCAAACCUUCCGUUAGAGUACUGGAGCAACAAAACCGUCGUAGGCACAGAGCGGAGAGUCGUGCUUGAUGAGUUGAAACCCAGCAGCAGGUACUGGGUUAAGGUCCAAGCAGAGACGUCAGCGGGGGCCGGAGAGCCUUCGAAGGUCCUCACCAUCACCUUGCCAGUCCAGAACAGCCACAUUUAUCCCAACAGUAACGAGGACAGUGCAGGCAUAUCGGGUGAAUCUGGACAGAAUGGCAAGCUGGGGGACACAAGUAUUGGCAUCAUUGUUGGAGUUGCCAUCGGGGGUGGCUGCAUACUUGUAUGCGCUAUCAUACUCCUGUUCAGAAAUCGCCGCCAGAGUCACUGAUAAUAACUGCAGGUCCGAAACACAGCUCUCUCUACGACAUCGAUCUUAGCAUUGAAGAACAGCGAGGCAGUCAAGGCAGUCGACACAGCGGGGGCGCUGCCAACACUACUACCAUGACGACGGUGGAGCCCUCCGAUCUUACGGGUAGUUCGGAAUAUUACAUGGAGGGAAACGCCGCCGCCGCCGACAGCCUGUCGUCGUCGCCGACGUUGCGGCGACCAGGCCACCGCCGCGGCGAGUCGCCCGUGGCGCCACCUACAUCAUCGCGUGACGCGAGUAGCGACGCCCCCUGUGGGUCAACUGUGUAA